AAAAAAAACGCGGUAAGAGGUAACGUUUGGUUUUGCAAAGACAAUAUCACGUGAUUAUGAACAAGAAUAAUUGUUCUUAACGUGGAUGCCAUUCAGUCAUAAGCAACUACAAUAGAAACAUAUACAAAAGAAAUAAAACAUAAAAAUAUCAAUUUUUCUGCUUAGUUAUAAAUAACGUGAAGGAUAAAUAAAGUAAAUAUAAUAAAUAUAUAAAGAUUUACCACACAUUUUGUUAAUUAAGUUUAAGGAAUUCAAGAAAAAAAAGUGAUGAAGAAUAGCUCUACAUACAUAAAUGAUGCAUUCAGUCAGGAAAAUGUGCAAAUUGAAUUAUCGAAGACAAAUUCAGAUAAAAAUUUACAAGAGAAGGUUGUCAAUAAUUCCGUUAAUUUGGAAACAGAAAAAAGAAAUUCAACUUCUUCGGUAGAAUUGGUGAAAAAGGAAGAAUGGGGUGGCAGACUAGAAUUCCUAAUGGCGUGCAUUUCAAAUUCUGUAGGACUUGGAAAUAUUUGGCGAUUUCCUUUCACUGCUUUGGAAAAUGGAGGUGGAGCCUUUCUUAUUCCUUACAUCAUCAUUCUUUUUUUAGUAGGAAAACCUUUUUAUUAUCUCGAGGGAAUUUUAGGACAAUUUACAAGUCAGUCUUGUACGAAAACUUGGAACAUGUCACCUGCUAUGAAAGGUUUAGGAUAUGGACAAAUAUUUGUUGCAUUUUGCAUUGUUUCGUACUACUGCAGUUUAAUGGCAUUGACAGUUUAUUAUUUAAUAGCAAGUUUUCAAAGUAUUCUGCCAUGGUCUUAUUGUCGAGAUGAGUGGGGAGGACAUUGUGUUGAUGCUUCAUCAAAUAUUACGAAUUUUGGAAAUGAAACUUUUAGUAGUUCUGCUGAAUUGUAUUUUCGGAAAAUCGUAUUGAAUGAAAUUGAUUCGAUUGAGAAAGGCCUAGGUAUUCCGUCAUGGUCGUUGUUGCUCUGCCUGCUUUUCAGUUGGUUAUGCAUGUUUGGAAUAAUGUCCAGGGGAGUGAAAACUUCGGGAAAGGCAGUAUACUUCCUGGCAAUUUUUCCCUAUGUUGUGAUGAUAAUCCUAUUAAUUAGAGCAGUAACUUUAAGUGGCGCUUUCAACGGAAUUUAUUAUUUCGUAUAUCCAAAGUGGGAGGAACUUUUAAAACCCAAAGUAUGGUAUGCAGCCAUUACUCAAUGCUUCUUUUCCCUGGGAGUCUGUCUCAGUCCAAUUAUAUCUUAUUCUUCUCACAACAAUUUUAAUCAUCCAUUAAGUAGGGACAUUAUGAUUAUUACGACUUUGGAUACCUUCACGAGCCUGAUGGCGGGUUGUACGAUUUUUGGAAUUCUCGGCAAUUUAGCUCAUGAAAUGGGAACAAACGAUGUUUCAAAGGUUGUUCGCGGUGGAUCGGGACUUGCAUUCAUUUCAUAUCCAGAUGCACUGUCUAGAUUUUCGGUUGUUCCGCAAUUUUUCUCCGCUCUCUUUUUCUUUAUGAUGUUUGUCUUGGGAGCUGGAAGUGCUGUGGCUUUACACACCUCAAUUACUGAUGUCGCCCUUCAUUGUUGCUCAAAGCAAAAAAAGUGGAUCAUCAUUUUAGGAACUUGUAUCAUUGGAUUUUUAUCAGGCAUAAUCUACACCACUCCAGGUGGUCAAUGGUUUGUAACACUAGUGGAUUAUUAUGGAGGAACAUGUAUUGCAAUUAUUAUUGGAGUUAUUGAGAUUAUUACAAUUUUCUGGAUUUAUGGUCUGUAUAAUUUUUUGAAUGAUGCGGAAUUCAUGUUGGGCAUAAGGCCAGGAUUUUAUUGGAGAAUCUGCUGGUGUAUUUUAACUCCUCUUCUUAUGAUUGUCAUCUUAUUUUACACAUUCGCGACCUAUGAACCUGUCAAGUAUAAUGAUUUACUAUUCCCAUCUUAUGCUUAUGCCAUUGGUUGGUGUAUAUUUGCCGUAGGAGUUUUACUUAUAGUUUAUUUCAUUAUUCGAGAAAUUCGGAAAAAUAAAGAUGUUUUAAUACUUGAAGCGAUUAAAAGUGCAUUUAAGCCGAAAAAUUGGGGCCCUUUGAGCAGUGAAACUCGAGGUAAAUGGGAAGAAUUCACAGCAGAGCGUAAAAUUAAUCGCAAAAGAGGUCUUUUCGAAUUAUUUUUUAGAUAAUAAUUGUAAUUUUAAGUUUCAAGUUUUGAAAUACAUUGUAGAUUAUAUAAAUAACAUUAAAGUAUCAUUGAAAGCUAAAAACGAGAAAUGUAAAUAAGAAUAAUUUCCACAAACAUUUAUGUGAGUUAACGUUUCGUUACGCCCAACUGAAUGUGGUCAAAAGUUACGCAAGAAAUACCAUGCUUCAAUUUAAAAUAAUAUUAUUGAUAAAAUUACGAAAUAUCAAAUUUUUCUGAUUUACGAAAGAAAAUAUAUCUCUUUUCUUAAAAUAUUUUCUUUUCACAACAAAGAACGUAUUGAUCAGGUCAGUGACAAUGAACUAAAAAAUUUAAAUAUUAAUAAUCUCAUAAUGUUUUUUAAUCGGUAUUUUUCAAGUAAACAAGAAAUGAAUAAAGAGCAAUAUUGUCACGCCUAAUGAGAAAAUGAUUAAUUUUUCCUUAAUCUUAUACAAAAUAAACAGUGCAUUAUAAUAUACAUAUAGAAUAAACAGUAUAUGAUUAUUUUUUGAAACAAACUCCAUUGU